GAAAACAUGGCGUUGCUUCUAAGGACGGUGGCCCGGCAGGGUCUUUAUUCAUCGCGCUCACAGUUUGGCGUGCUCUACAGACAUGCUGUUCCCAUGGGAACCACUGCGAAGGAGGAGAUGAACAAGUUCUGGGCCAAAAAUACACGACUUAACAGACCCAUGUCACCCCAUCUAACCAUCUAUAGGUGGUCUAUCCCUAUGAUGAUGUCCAUCACCCACAGAGGAACAGGAGUCGGACUGAGUGCAGGUAUCUCUGCCUUUGCCAUCGCUGCUCUGGUGUUGCCAGGCGACUAUCCCCAGUACCUGGACAUGAUCCACUCAUGGUCCUUUGGCCCUGCCCUCAUCACGGCCACCAAAUUCGCCCUGGCCUUCCCUGUGGCGUACCACACCUACAACGGCAUCCGCCAUCUGAUUUGGGAUGUGGGGAAGGGAUUUAAGAUUCCAGAGGUGUACCGUUCUGGUUAUGUCGUCAUUGCUCUGUCUGUGCUGACAUCUGUGGCUCUGGCUGCUAUCUGAGGCCUCGGGGGACAGUCCAGGAGACAGGGAGAACGAGACAGGGAGAGGGCUCAGGGAGAGAGAUGUGGGGUUUUUUUUUUGUGUGUGUGUAUAUCUGUCUGUCCUACAGUCCAUGUGACCCUAUCACAGUCAUACAAUAAAUUAAAAGUUUAUCUAAAGGA